UUGUAAACACUGCUGUUUGUGUGGUAGGAGGGUAUUAUGAUGAGUUUUCCACGGAUUUUCCAACAUUAUUCUGUUAUUUUGUGUCCUGAAAUAUACUAGAUUUGUGGCGAAGAUGGGUUCAGGGGUGACCAAAGGACCAGCUGUCGGAAUGCCGCUUAGUCCACGAGUAGAUUUUGUUGAAAAACAAGCUAAAAAAGGAGAAACGCCUAUGGUUAUUGAUGCACCAGCACUACUUGAUCUGGGACAUGGAACAGUACGAUACCGACAGGGAGAGGAAAAUUUAAAAAAUAAAGUGAUUCUCAGCGAUCCAAAAAACAAGAAAGGUUACUUUUACCAUGCACGACUGGAUGAUUACAGUGAAGCUGCAAGUGUAAAUUCUGAAGAUAAAUUCAAAUUUAAGUACAUCAACAAAGCUCCACUGAAGGCCAAAGGAAAGAAGUUAUAUUACUGCUAUGGUAUUGGUAUGAACUCAACUGAUGGCAGACACUUAAUCAAGACUCAGUAUAAACCAAAGGGAAAAGGAUAUGUCUGGCCUAGCUCUUAUAGGAAGUCCAAUCAUAUUUACUAUGAUCUAACAUUUGUGUCACAAGAUGAUGAGCUCUCAGAUUCUGAUGACGAAACAGAAGAUGUGAUGAGCAGUGAGGUCGAUGCUGCCAAGAUGAGCUUUAAGUUGAAGGAUUCUGAUAAUGUUGAAACACUUAAGAAAAGAGUUGCUGUUAGACUUAUCAUGCCAGCCUCUAACAUCCACAUCAGCUUCGGAGAAAAUGAACUUGUUGAAGAAGAUGUGAUUGGUGAUCUGAGGAAGUCAGAAGAUGGUACCUUUCAAAGAUUUACAGUGGAGCUCUCUGCAGUCUAACAAAUCUGUGUUUUCCAGAAAUGUAAAUAUUCAGCAUAUUAUUGUUAUUGUUUAAAAGAGGUCACAAACACACUAGUUUGUUUUGUACUCAAAGUGGAAAUUCCAAAAGACGGAUGACCUCAAGAUAGGAUCACUGGUGGCGCCAGUGAGGUGUUGAAAGGGGAAAAUGUCUGGAUGUGAUGGUAUGGUUUUUAUACUUACCUAUUCACCAUAUCUAAGAUCUAUGGUGAUGUACAACAGGUCCAGUAACAUUUGAGAUAUGUUGUGUUCAUACAGUAAUUACCCUGUCAUGUUUACAUAGAAUGUAGAAAGUGUGGGGGAAUAUUUUAAUUAAAUGGUGAGAAAAAUGUAUAAUAAUACAGUUGAACUUGUCGUAAGUUGAAUGCAAAAUUGCAUUGCAAAAAUUGUUCGACUUAGAUAAAAUCUGACUUACAGAUUAAUGGAAAAUAACAAUUUGGCAUGUAAAAUAAAAUCGACUUAGAAAUUAUUUGAGUUUAAUAUGCAAAGUCAACUUAGGCAAGUUUAAUUGUAUACUCAAAUAUUGUAGAAUUUUAACAAAAAUGAAACCACAGUUUUUGGUAAACCAUAUAAAUGAUAAGCCUGCUCUUAUUGCAGCAUAUUUAUUUCUGUAAAUAAUAAAUUUUUGACAAUUUUGAAGAAUAAAUCGCUUAUUAUGAGAAAA